AUGAUUGAAGACAAUAAGGAGAACAGAGACCAUUCCCUAGAAAGGGGAAGAGCAACUCUUAUUUUUUCCUUGAAGAAUGAAGUUGGAGGACUUAUAAAAGCUCUGAAAAUCUUCCAGGAGAAUCAUGUGAACCUGUUACAUAUUGAGUCACGAAAAUCAAAAAGAAGAAACUCAGAAUUUGAGAUUUUUGUUGACUGUGAUAUCAACAGAGAACAAUUGAAUGAUAUUUUUCAUCUGUUGAAGUCUCAUACUAAUGCUCUCUCUGUGAAUCCAGCAGAUAAUUUUACUCUGAAGGAAGAUGGUUUGGAAACUGUUCCUUGGUUUCCAAAGAAGAUUUCAGACCUGGACCUUUGUGCCAACAGAGUUCUGAUGUAUGGCUCUGAACUAGAUGCAGACCAUCCUGGUUUCAAAGAUAAUGUCUACCGUAAAAGAAGAAAGUAUUUUGCAGAUUUGGCUAUGAACUAUAAAUAUGUCACUGGCAGAAUUAAAAUGCUGCAGUCAUUUACUCUAUGUACUGGUGAAGAUUUUGCCUGCAUUUUUCUCCUUUGCUUUGCAGAGCGCACAGGUUUUUCCAUCCGUCCUGUGGCUGGCUACCUAUCACCAAGAGAUUUCCUAUCAGGUUUAGCCUUUCGAGUUUUUCACUGCACUCAAUAUGUGAGGCACAGUUCAGAUCCCCUCUAUACCCCAGAGCCAGAUACCUGCCAUGAACUCUUAGGUCAUGUUCCACUAUUGGCUGAACCUAGUUUUGCCCAAUUCUCUCAAGAAAUUGGCCUGGCAUCCCUUGGUGCUUCAGAGGAGGCUGUUCAAAAACUGGCAACGUGCUACUUCUUCACUGUGGAGUUUGGUCUGUGUAAACAAGAUGGGCAGCUAAGAGUCUUUGGUGCUGGCCUGCUCUCCUCUAUCAGUGAACUCAAACAUGCACUUUCUGGACAUGCCAAAGUAAAGCCCUUUGAUCCCAAGAUUACCUGCAAACAAGAGUGUCUCAUCACAACUUUCCAGGACGUCUACUUUGUAUCAGAAAGCUUUGAAGAUGCAAAGGAGAAGAUGAGAGAGUUUACCAGAACAAUUAAGCGUCCAUUUGGAGUGAAGUACAAUCCAUACACACGGAGUAUUCAGAUCUUGAAAGAUAUCAAGAGCAUAACCAGCGCUAUGAACGAGCUGCGGCAUGAUCUCGAUGUUGUCAGUGACUCUCUUGCUAAGAUCAGCAGGCAGUCAGUCAUUUGA